GGAAAAUGGCACCUCGCUUCCUUUUAAAAACGUCACUUCCGCCUCCUCCUCGGCUAGGCAAAAUGGCGACUGUCGUAGAGCGAGCUGAUGGAGGUGUUAGGUCCUUGGACGCAGACGUUGUGUCACCGCGACAGUUGACCCCUUCCCCGGACCAGCCGCACCAAAACAAUCCGCUCUUGGGUUUACCCAUUGUGGCCAUCGAGACCAUUCUUAACUUCCUCUCUUACGAUGAAAUCAGCCUUCUUCGCUCGGUGUGUAAGCGCAUGGACAUGAUCUGUCAGCGUGUCCUCAAUCAGGGCUUCUUGAAGGUGGAACGUUAUCACAGUCUGUGUCAAAGGCAGGUCAAAGCCCAGCUGCCCAGACGAGAGUCGGAGAGAAGGAACCAUUCACUGGCCCGUCAUGCUGACAUCCUGGCUGCCGUGGAAACACGCCUGUCUCUGCUCAACAUGACUUUCAUGAAAUACGUGGAUUCCAACCUCUGUUGUUUUAUUCCUGGAAAGGUGAUAGAUGAGAUAUAUCGUGUGCUGCGUUAUGUCAACUCAACCCGGGCCCCUCAGCGUGCCCAUGAAGUUUUACAGGAGCUCAGGGAUAUAUCUUCUAUGGCCAUGGAGUACUUUGAUGAGAAGAUUGUCCCUAUCCUGAAAAAGAAGCUUCCGGGAGCCGACCUAUCUGGACGUCUGAUCGGGUCUGCACCAGUGGCGGGUCCAUCUACCUCCCUGACCACCAUGUCUCUGCUGGCAAAAAACACACCGUCACGUUCCGAGAUGACUAAGGUACAGCAGCAGGUGAAAGUGAACGGUGCGUCGAUGACGGUGCUGCGCAGGGAGAUGCAGGAGAUUCGGGUGAAGCAGCUGGAGCAGCAGAAGCAGCUGCAGGACCAGGAGCAGAAGCUGUUGGAACAGACGCAGGUGAUUGGUGAGCAAAAUGCCCGCCUUGCAGAGCUGGAGCACAAGCUCCGUGAACUGAUGGACAGUAGUGCCGCUGCAUUAGGAGGAAACAGGCCCAGCACGGCAGUCCCCUCGACAUCUAGCAGCAUGUCUUCCGCUGUCGCCAGCCCAUCUGGUACUACAGCCUCAAUACCCAUAGACCCAGAGGGUCAGGAGGGGUCAUCGCUGAAACGCACCAGAAAGAGCUCAGACCUUCCACGACAGUCCAAACGACUGCGCAGCAAGAAAUAAGAGACUGCGUGUCAUUUAGUUCUCUUUUCGUUUUGCAGGUCUGGCUUGUCCCACCCCUCUCUCUCUCUCUUUCUCUCUCUCUCUCCCCACCCGCUCCUUCCCCACGUCACUUACUCACUUACUCUCUGUGCUGUCUGUCAGAGGAGUUGCAUUUAAAAAAAAAAAAAUCUCCCGGUGUGCUUCAACAGUGUUUCCCUUUUUUUUUUGUGGUGUUGAAACAGACACCAGUGUUAAAUGGAUGGCUGCUCCUCACAGCUAAAACACUGAGCCUACAGCGUCAUGACUUUGCACAACAUUAACAGGGUCAAUAUUUGAUCAUAUUUGGUCACCUUUUCUUUUUUCAUUCGUUUUUUCCUCAUUACAAGCAUUUUUAUUUUAUUUUUUUUUUUUUUUUACAUCAACAUAAAAUUCUAAAAUGGCAAUGUGUAGGUGUUUCUAAAGACUGACCUUCCCUUUAUGCUUGUUAUGCUUACUAAUAGCACUUUGGACCCCACAGAAAACAAAAAUGUAUCUGAAUUAAAUUAAAAAAAAAAAAGAUAACCCCA